GUGCGAAUCAUUCAACCCGAAUCCUGAAAAUUUCCCUCUCGAUUCCAAACCCUAAUUUAUUCAUCUCAGCUACAGCCACGAAUUCACUCUAAACUCGUCUUCUUUUCGCUAAUCGACGGUGUAUUUGGAGUAAUGGCCGGUGCUGCUUUAGAUAUGUCGCUUGACGAUCUCAUCAAGAACAAUAAGAAAUCCGCCGGCGGCGAUGGCGGUGGUCGUGGUCGUGGUCGGGGUCGAGGAGCUGGACCUGGACCUGCACGUCGCUUCAAUAAUCGCGGAGCUAACCGAGCGACUCCUUACGGCGGACCUAAGGCACCAGAUGCGGCUUGGAGGCAUGAUAUGUUCGGUGUUCCGGAUCAGGUCAUGGGGAACGUUGGACCUGGCGGCCGUCCAUCUGCGAUUGAAACUGGGACGAAGCUUUACAUAUCAAACCUUGAUUACGGUGUCUCGAAUGACGAUAUUAAGGAGCUUUUUGCAGAAGUUGGUGACCUGAAAAAGUAUUCUAUACAUUAUGAUAGAAGUGGGAGAUCAAAGGGGACGGCUGAGAUUGUGUAUUCAAGAAGGCAAGAUGCAUUAGCAGCUGUCAAAAGGUAUAACAAUGUCCAGCUUGAUGGGAAGCCAAUGAAGAUAGAGAUUGUGGGAUUAAACAUUGUAGCUCCUGUUGCUGGUCUACCAUUGCCAAACAACUCUUUUGGAAACAUGAAUGGUUUUCCAAGAAGCGGACAAGGAAGAGUUGGUGGAUUUGGUGGAAGAUCAGGUGGUGGUGGUGGUGGUGGAGGAUUUGGAAGGGGCCGUGGUGGACGUGGAAGAGGAGGAGGAGGAGGGCGUGGUGGUGGUGGUGGUGGUGGUGGAGAGAAGAUAUCUGCAGAUGAUCUUGAUGCUGAUUUGGAGAAGUACCAUCAGGAAUCAAUGCAAACCAACUGAGAUCAUCAAUCAUCAGUUGACAGUUGUGCACCAAAACCUUGUUUGUAUUUUGUUUUUUGUCAACUGAACACAUACCCAACUCUCUAGGCUAAAACUGGUGGUAGGGUGGGAGGAUUGUAGAAACUUAGUUUCUUUUUAUGGAGCUUUAUCGUUAUUACUAUAGAUGUUAGACCAUUGUAUUGUAUUGAUUAUUAUGAUACUCAGUUUGUGGUA